CUUAUCCUUGUAUCGCGGUCGGAAGGUGAACGGCGAAUAAUAAGAAAUAGAAAAAAGAAAAAUGAUUAUUCAUUAGGCCUAUUCCGGAUUACCGUACCUCUGGCCUCUUUUUCAAAACGAGGCCUGGUGCUCGACCAUUAUUGUGAAUAGGAGUUUAAUUUGCAUGUGAAUGAAAACUUCUUAUAUGAAAGUGAGCACCAGGACUCGCUUUGUAAAAAAGAGGUUGAGGCCCGGUUCAGACGUCGUACUUUAGCCGAGCCGAAGCGAAUUCAACGCAUUAGGUUCACGUGUAGUACGGCGUCUGAAUCGAUUCGGAACAGCUGAUUUAGUUAAGAUCGGCUUAGUCAAUUAAUUCCACCCGACCCAGCCGGGAAGAACGGCUGUAGAUCGGCUUUGAUGAUUCAAACGCCUGUCUUCACAUGAGCCGAAUCAAAUGCAUAAAUUAUUUUAGGGUAUUUUUCUGCCGUUUUUACAUGUGGGCAUGAGCAAAGGAGUGUUGCAGAAGAAAAAUGGCGGCUUGAAGGGCCGAGCAAAACGAUGCUGACAGAUAUUGAAUGGGCGCCCUAUUCUACGCCUUUCGAACUGACACUCAUUCUUCGAUCUGUCGGUUCUUUGGGCAUUAUGUAGUUGUCCUCUGCGUCAGCAACGUCCUUUCCUGCCUCUUUUGCGUACCGCUCGCAAAAAGCGACGCAUUUACCUGCAUGUCACGGCCUUUGUUUGUUUCUUGGAGAGGCUCAUGUUUCUGGGCCUUAUUGGACUUGCCUGAAGUUGUGUCCUAUUUGGAGGCAAAGAUCGUUGGAUGGGUGGAAAGAGACCGGUCAGUUUUCGUGCAACUGUAUCGUGAGUUUGUCUUCUUCCGCUCUAACAGGGAGCGAGAAAAUGGAGAAUGAGACUAAUUUAGUCGCAGCCAACCAGUACAUUGAAGAGCAAUUGACAUCUGAGCAACGAAAGAGAGAGAAACGAAAGAUCACCAAAAAUGUUUACAUCAUCAGUCUCGGAUUUUUGUUCCUCUUUACUGCUUUCCAGUCGCUUCAGAACUUGCAGAGCAGUUUGAACAAAGUUGAAGGACUAGGUUUCUGGUCGCUAUGCGUCAUAUACGCUGCUUUGAUUCUUUCCUGUAUUCUAGUACCACCUUUCAUGAUUGGAAGACUCGGCUGCAAGUGGACUUUAGUGUUGUCAAUGACGGGUUAUGUUUUGUACACAGUGGCUAACUAUCACGCCCGAUGGUGGACUCUGAUUCCUGCUUCUUUUAUAAUCGGAAUGUGCGCAGCACCUCUUUGGUCUUCAAAAUGCGCUUACCUGACCACCACAGGAAUCCGUUAUGCUGAGCUCAACCAUGAAACCCAGGACGCGGUCGUGACGCGCUACUUUGGAAUAUUUUUCCUGAUCUUCCAGAGCGGCCAGAUCAUUGGGAACCUCAUCUCUUCGCUUGUCCUUCAGCAGGGAGUGGGAGACACCUUCCGUGAAAACGCUCGUGACGUCUGUGGUGUGAAUUUCUGUAAGCCAUUGCCGGCGACGGGGAACAGUACGGAUGAUUACGAUCACAAGCUUGUUAUCAGACUUCUUAGCAUUUAUGUUGGUACAGGAGUAUUCGCUGUUGUACUCGUGAUCGUACUGCUCGAUCGGCUAACCGGGAGCCUGGACCGGCGAAAGAAGCAGGAGUCCGGCUUAAAUCUUUUGGUUGCCACUGUCAAACACUUGAGAGACUGGCGCAUGCUUCUGGUAUUACCGCUGACCGUGUUUAGCGGGCUGGAACAGGCUUUUACCUUCGGAGAUUUCACACAGGCAUUCGUCACGUGUUCGCUCGGAAUCCAUCGUGUUGGUUUCGUCAUGAUCUGCUUCGGUGCCACCGACGCGUUUUUCUCGCUUACUUUGGGCCGUCUUACUAAGUAUACCGGGAGAAUUCCAAUUUUCAUCAGUGGUGCGGUGAUACACUAUACUGCCAUAACAGUGAUGCUGAUCUGGAAGCCCGACUACCAUUUGGUCUGGGUGUUUUAUGUCAUUGCUGCUCUUUUGGGAUACUGUGAUGCAGUUUGGCAAACGCAGAUUAAUGCCAUGUACGGUGUGUUUUUUCACGACAACCAGGAGCCAGCGUUUUCUAACUACCGUCUGUGGGAAUCUCUUGGCUUCGUGGUUGCCUUUGCUUACGCCAACUACCUGUGUAUUAUAACCAAGUUAAUCAUUCUCUUGGUAGUUUUAACCAUGAGCUUGGUCGGGUAUUUCCUCGCCGAGUAUGUGCACAAGACUCAAAUCGACCAAGAAUACUCUCUCGCAGACGGCAUGGUUUUAGAAGAGGCCAGCCAAACGAGAUCGUAAAGAUAGAAUAAGUACUAUGUUGAUUCAGUUUAUAAUGCGGCUUAAACUUUGGCCAGUUAUUAGAGUGGUUAAGUAAGUGAUUUAUCUGUUAUGGUGUUCAGGUUAAUUAUAGGAGCGGAUUUUAAUCACGAGGUAUAAUGUUCUUUGGUUUCAAUCCUUUUCAAGUUCACGUUUCUGCAGGAAAGCUCACCUGUCAAACUCUUGAUCAGGAAAAUCUCUUUUUACUUUAAUUUUGGAGAAAAAAAAACUUUUCUACACUUUGUUUGAUUUCUAUUGCAGACAUCACUGUUGCCAAGAAUCUAUCGAUAACAGAACGUAGUAGAAUCCUGCAUUUAACACUAUACCUCUUUAAACAUGCUCCAGGAAACUUCAGCACACAGAUGAGGAAAUUUUGGGAUAUGUUCCCCCUACAUUAUUAUUAUUACAUAGGUUAUUUGACCACUCCCCAUAAGGGCUUUUCAGGACCGACACCCACCCAUCCUACC